UCUUGCCAAGAGUAACAUCCAAAUAUCUACACCGCUCUCAUACCUGCAAGUUAAGAUUCAAAUUGGUGGCUAGGAUAUUUAGCCUAGCUUAAUGUGCAGACUACAAGCAGGGGGAAGCAGCUAGCUGGGCCUAAGUUUGCGCACCCAUAGUCCUUUAAAAUGUUGUUAUUACUCUUAAAUAAGAAAAAGAAAAUCAAAUAUAAUAUAUUAAUGACAAAACAUUAAAGGUUUUUGCAGGGGUGUGUCAAAGCUUUGGCUAGGUUCAAGCUAACUCUUGCAAUUGCAAAGCUAGGCUAACUCUGGCUCUAGCUCAGACUUAACAAUCUCCUCAUUUAACUCCUAACUAAGCUAAAUAUCUUUUCUUUAUUUCUUGAUUUUCUAUUUGGCAAAAGCCGUCUUUCAUUGUAACAGCUUCACCCCUGGAUUUAUAUAUAUAUAUUUAUAUUGAAUUAUGGCUUUUUCUUCUUACUACAGCAACUCUUGCUGAAACAUGAAGGGAAAUCCUUCACUGUAAACAUGAAACACAUUGCUAAUGACUGUAUUUUUAAUUAUAUAUGUUGCUGUUUCCCCAUCAGUAUGAAUCCUGCCUCGUAUGAGAAAGAAUCAAUGAGGAGAAUCAGGAGAAACAGCAAAAGCCUCCUUCAGGAUCUGUUUUACAGAGGAGUCCAUGGAGGAGACAGAGACACUCCUAUCCCAGCUCAACCUGGCAGAGAUCCGAAAAUGAUUCGCUCCAUCGCCAGUCUGAUCAGAGCGAAGAGCAAACUCCUCCUCCUCGAGAACCCUGACACUGUGGAGAUCUACAAGGUCAGCACUCAGUUCUUCAAUGAUCUGGAUGACUCAGCCCGUUCCAGCAGAAAUGGUAAAGACGAUCUUUUCCUCCCUGCCAUCACGACAAAGACUUCUAGUUUGAACUCCAUCAGAGGAGCUCUGAGUCAGUCCUGCCCAUACCUAUACGACAAAAGAAGAGGAUCAUUUUCCUCUGUCACCUCUCAGAGAACUGGGAAUCAUCCUAAAAAACAGAGUAACCUGAAAGCCCAAAAAGAGGCCAAGAAAUCCAACGUGGCUGUGACGAUGACUUACCUGGGACAGGGUCUUCAGGGGUCUCGAUCGGGGUCCAUUAAGGAUGAACUGAAGGUCCUCCAGCAAGUUAACGGAGGGGAGAAUAUCUGUGUCUUCAAAGGGCAAGUGACAGCAGGAGAGCAGUUCCAGUUCAUCUCUCAGCGUCACAGAGGUUUCCCCUUCAGUGCUACGUUGUACGUCAACGGCAUCAUGGUGGCCAGGAUCAGCUCCUGCUGCGAGUACCGCUACGCUCCAGGCUUCCAGCAGGGCAAGAGGAGCUGCUUCAGACUGACGUGGCUAGCUGGUGGGAUCCCCUGCUACAGAUGUACCAGUCUACGAAACAAAUACAGCUCCUGCCAGCAUCUGAACAAUGGCACAAAGCAGAACCUAAUUCUCCCUCUAGAGCAGAGCCCUGGCAACGGCAACAUCGAAUCAUGCCCAUCAUCCCCUUUGUUCAUCCCAGCCAAACCAGAGAAGAAAUCAACAAGGAGGACAAGAAAACACAUCAAAGAAGGCGGCGGAGGAUCCACAGACAGCGAAGACUCAGCUAAAGCAAGGAUUAAAGAGACAUCCGAGAGGAAACGACACAAAGGUCAGAGUAAUCAGAAAGAGAGCAAAGGCAGGACAAGGGGAAAGAAGAACGAAGAAGGGCGAGACAGUAAGGACUCAGAGGUUUCCCAGAGGCCAACAGAGAAAGAAAAAUGUGAAGAACAAGCUUUGGCUGAACAAGAAAAGAAGAAACAGCUGAAAAAAAGCAGCAAAGUUGCUACGAUGCAGCCACAAUCAAACAAGACAAGUAGAAUUCUCGAUUCAUUGCAGGACAAAGAAGCGAUGACUAAGCAGAACGCGGAGAAGCAGAAGGACCUGGGAUCAAAUGAGAAAAACAGAGACGGGGAAAGACUGAAGGACUUCUAUGAAGAAUGUUUGGAAAUGAGUGCCGCGUUGGAGCAGGGCCAAAACAAACACAACUGGUUCAAGGCAAACAUCCUGGAGAGGUGCCGUCUGCAGAAGAGCCUGUCAUCAGGUCCCAAAGCUUUGGGCUCAGAUGUGGAACUCAGCGCUGAAAGUGACGCCGUCCUCCAGCCUGAUGGAGAGCCAGAGGGGGAGGAGGAGGACACAGCCAGCCAAAGUGCUGGCAAAGAGGAGCCUGUUAGGGAACAAGACCUGCAGGCGCAGCUUGAUGCAAUGAUCACGGUGCUGAGCAUCUCCGAUGAGGUGGAGCAGCUGGUUCUGAGAAACACGGACCUGACUGACGACCAUCUGCUGAGCCUGGCGGGGGCCCUAAAGAAAAGCCUGUCCGAGGUCACGCUGCUCAACCUCAACCUCAACCUCAUCGGUCCAUAUGGCGCUCACAUCCUGCUGGACGUUCUGAGAGUGAAGCCUCAGGUCAGAGGCUUACACCUGUUUGGAAACAAACUGCGUGACCAUGGAUUGCUGACCCUAUUGAGCGGAAUUGCUGAGCUGCAGGGACAAACAGCCAGAGCUGCUGCAGUCAUCCAACAGGCAAUGCUUUACCCAUCAGAGCAGAAUAUGCUGCAGCUCCCCACUGGAUGGCGCUCUUUCAGGGUUUUUGCACUUCAAGAGCUGGAUAUUGGGGGAAAUGGCUUGAGCAGCGACGGGGUGAAGGUGUUAGCGUCCUAUUUGAGGCACCACUCGUACCUUCAGUACUUGGGGUUGGCGCAGAGCAGCGGUGCCGAUCUGACAGCGUGGAAGGAGCUUUUCGACAGCCUCAAAGGAAACGCGUCACUGACUCAGAUCAUCCUCGAUGAGAACAACUUAGGAGACCCGGGGGUCAGGCUGCUGGCCGACAUGUUGAAGGAGAACGCAAGUCUUCGGCAGGUGGAUCUGGACAGGAAUGGAAUCAGUGAUGUGGGGGGAAACGAUAUCAUGGGGGCGCUGCUUUGCAGGACGCAUUUCCCACUGAGGCAUCUGAGCCUUCAGGAGAACAACAUCAGCGCAGGACUCAUGAGUAGGAUACAGGAAGAGGUGAAAUAAAUCCUGUAGGAGUAGAAUUCACUCCCAAAUAAUGAGAACAUAUGUAACACAAAACACAAAGAGCUGACUUGAGAACUCAGAGGAAUUUCUGUUUACAUUUUGAGGUCAGAGAAGGAGAAAAGCUGACUCAUCUGACUUGUUCGACCCUAAAACACACACACAAAGAUCUUCCUUCCUGUAGCUGGGUGGCCCCUGCUCACAAAUGCUGCGUCUUAGUUUAGCCUAGGUAGGCAGUGUAGGAGGCAUGUUUGCUUUAGGGCAGCGCUGUGGUCUGAAUGCAUUUUCAAAGAGCUCUCAAUAAACUGAACCUUUCUUCUUUGUGGUGAGGUUACAUCUUCA